AAUCUUAGCUGCACCGGGUCUUGUUCAGAUGGGAAAUCUGUUUAUGUCAAUCAAAAUCUUGAUCAUGGAAGGGUUCAUGGAAAAGAGAAAAGAGAAGAACCCAUUCAAAUCAAUCACAGGUAUAUCAAUAUGGAUAGAAGGAAGCUGCCUCAAGCAAAAUUUCAGGUGAAAGAUGAGUUUGACAGCCAGAGUUUUGAUAAAAUGAGCGUGGGAUCAAACAGAGAAGUGUACUUUGGACCGCCAGUUCUGAAACCUGGGCUUCACAAUGUGACAGUUAAAACACAAUUGGAUGAUCCAAGGAAGUCCUUGGAAGUGUUUGGCUCCAGUGCAGUGAAGAAGGGAGACAUAGCCAAGAACCUUGAGAGGAAACUGUCCAUGUUAACUUGGGAUGCCAUUCCAAAUGCCCCAACCAUUUCAUCUAUUUCCAGAAGCAGCCAGGGAUGCGAUGAUAUUGAGAGCGAUGCUAGCUCAGAUCUCUUUGAGAUAGAUAACAUAUCCGGCAGUGGUCAGGCCUUGUUCACAAGGCAAGUAUCUGAUGGCAUGUCUAGCUGCAUGACCCCAUACGCACCAAGCGAGUCCAGCAUUGAAUGGAGCGUUGUCACAGCCAGUGCGGCUGACUGCUCAUUUGUUUCAGAUUACGGUGAAAAGAAACCAGCAGAAAAUAGUAGAGCUCCGGGAUCAAAAACAGCCAGUAGAGUGGCCAACGCCAAAGUUUUACCAGAGAAAGAGGCACAAAAAAGCCGAACAGGUGGGAUAUUGGGGUGCAAGAGUCACAAAGCAGUUAUGGUUGCUGAAACUGCAUACAGAAGUGAUGAGAAGUCAAAGCCUUCACACCUACACCAUCUUCCAAAAUCAGCCACCCCCAUGUCAGCAAGACUCUUACAAGCUGACAUUAAGGUGAAAGAUCUUGAUUUCCAAUAAGAAAACUCACAAUUGCUCUUCUGCACAUGCAUUAAAGCCUCUGCCUACGCGGCAGGGCAUGGGGUAAACCAAGGUUGAUUAUGGAAGAAGCUAGCUAAAAGGUUCUCUGUUUAACAUACAUUUUCUUUUAAUUGUGUAAUUUCUCCUAAAUAUUGCAUAUAAAUUUCAACCUGGCUAUAUUCUUUUUCUA